AUGACUCUCGUCCACAUCGUCCUCUUUAAAUUCCGUCCCGAAGUCACCGAGGAGCACAAGCAACGCUUCGUGACAGAAUUAAAAAAGCUCAAGAACCUACCCUGUGUGAAAUCCGGACGCCUCCUUGUGGGCGGUCCCAGUGUGACCGACCCCAUAGACCGCAGCAAGGGAUUUCAAAUCGCUCUAGUAAGCUAUCAUGAGAACCUGGCUGCACUAGCAGAAUACCAGGCUAGUAAGGAGCAUCAUGACGUGACAUCGACAUAUAUGUUUCCGUACAAGGAGGACCUGGUGAGAUUUGACUUUGAGGUUGACGAGGAGGAUGAGUAUAUGUGUGAUUUUCCUGCGUCGGGCUAA